AUGGCUAUCUGUGGAAACACAGCUUUCUACUACUCACUGCUUGAUGAGAGCUGGGAGCCCCAUCUGACCUGCAAAGCGCCCAGGAAAUACAAAAAUCUGCUAGAUGCAGAAAUUGAUGAGGUUCGAGAGAAAGAGAAAACCGCCAUGCUUGUGCAGCCGUCAAGCCGUUUAGGUCCCAAAUUCAAACGAGGAAUAUUUGAAAAGAGGUGGGAACCUGCCCGGGCAGACGAAGACAGUCUUGCAGAGAUCGAGAAGGCAGAGAGAAGGCUCCUCAGCAUGAGCAGGGCCCCCGAGGGGACAGGAAGCUUACGGAAGAGGCACUUCAAGGAGGUGAGAGUCAAGAGCCUGUGGAGCAAGCAGAGCGCCCAGACGCCUGUGGAGAACAGCGCCAAGGACAGGCAGCUCCGGAGCCCACCCUCAAUGGAGCUGGAGCACAAGCUGGAGCAGAAGCCCAGGGCGUUAGUGGAAAAUUCCUUCCCUUCAGAGCCCUUACUCCCAAAGGAUCAUGGGAAGGAACUCUCUUCCUCCCUAGGACCGGCCCUGGUAGACAAGGCUCCCAUUCCAAAAUCGCUACCCGAGUUUCUAGACAGACGGAAAGACUUGUCUUACACCAUUUUUGUUUUAGAAAGUGCAAAUGCUAAUGUGAAGAGAGCAAAGGGUUCUAACCCAAAUUUACAACCUGAAGAGAGACGUCGAAACCUUAGGAAGAAAAAAUCUCAUUUCCAGUUGACAAAGAGGCCAGGGGCAGCAUCCUCUGCAGUGAGGAGUCUGGUAAAUUCCCCUGCACAAGGGGUCUUUCCAUCUUUAGGAGACCUGAGUUACCCAGAAAGGCCCUUUUCAGAAUCAUAUACUGCUUCAGAGCCUUCUACAGAAAAGCCUCUGGAAGAAAAUCAGGCUAUAACAAAUAAUGUUGAAGAAAGUAUUCUCAAACUAACGGUCACUAUCCCUGAAGAAAUUAUAUCAGAAAAUAAACCUCGUGAGAAACCUACUACAGGUUCUAUUGUGUCUACAUCCAACUUAGUUCCAACCGUUCAGCAAACCAGCAAGCCACAGUCAGACUUCACUGUGGGGUCUGAUACGCAUGCUCCUUCCACAGAAGUUGCUCACCCAUCGCUGAUGUCACCAGGAGAACAGUUUGAAUCCCAUCUAAACCAGCAACUGCGGCCCCUCAUCCCCAACAACGAUGUGAGAAAGCUCAUCUCUCACGUUAUCAGGACUUUGAAGAUGGACUGCUCUGACCCUCGUGUACAACUGGCCUGUGCCAAGCUCAUCUCCAGAACAGGCCUCCUGAUGAAGCUUCUCAGUGAGCAGCAAGAUUUCAAGUUAUCCAGGACUGACUGGGAUACAGACCAGUGGAAAACUGAGAACUACAUCAAUGAGAGCACAGAAGUGCAAGGGUCUGGAACCAAGUCAGGUGCACUCAGUGCCGGGGACACCAGACCCCCAGUCUCCCCAUGA